AUGCUUGCUCGUUGUGCCCUUCUUCGCGAGCAGCAUCGCUUGCGUCUGGAACCUAUGCGCCGACAGGCACUUCCCGCUCUACACCUGCAUCUUUCGGAGAAUGGCACUAGUCCCUUGCCGCCGGGCUGGCAACGAGCACCUAACACUGCUUAUAAAUCAGUCGAAAAGCCAAAUGCUAGUGUCAAUGUUUCAACUAUCGUUACAAGUGGGAUUGCUCUCGAAUUCGAUGGAAAUAAUAUCUCGCGUAGCAACCAGAAUCUUCUAUCCACUGGCCAAUCUGUCAUAGGUUCGACGGAAGAGGCGGGUAACUGCAGGUCGUCAACAGAUGCAUCUUUGUUGCUUGAAUCUGGUGAUGAUGCCAAAAACUCAGCUAAGACACGUCAAACUCGUUGGGAUCCACCAGUCUAUCCGUGGGACGCCGACCCCGAAGAUAAGGCUGCCUUAGAGGGUGGUAACGACGAAAACGACCCAGAGGCGCCCUAUAAUUGGGGCUGUGCAAGCAGAUACCAAGUGACACACGAGGAAAUUGAGACGAUGUAUCAAAGAAUGCGACAGCGGCUUCUCGAGCGUCAAUGCAUGGAGUUACUUCACGAGUUAGCCGCCAAACCUGGUGCUCCACAGGGUGCGGCAGAGCAAAGCUUUGCUAUCGAGCUUUAUUCUUUGGUUCACAACACCUUGAGAAACUUCAGAGAUGCACGUUGUAAAUAUGGACGAAUUUUGAACGAUGAAGACUUGUAUUUUGUCACUCGAAGACUAGCACAAGCAGUGAUCGUCAAAGAAAUCCAGAAGCUUCAUCAAGCUCAGGCGGCUACUGCCAGCAGUAUCUUCUCUGCUCCUCUUAUGCCAGAGGUCACCCCAACGAUUCGUUCUCGUGCCACUCUUUAUGUACGUAAAUACAUGGAGGCCAAGGGACCCGUGUACGUUCGUCGACAGGCUCAAGCCCCUAUUCUCAAUACUUGUCCCGGAAUUUCCGCUGGUCCAGGUCCUGGGAUAUCCUCUGGUCAAGGUGCCGGUCAAAAUACUGGAGUAACUUCGAGCCAACUGCCUCCAACUCAAGGACAACCACAUCUUGCGGCUCACCCUGGCCAUACAUUACGUGUUGUUGCUGGCAUUCCUGUGAAUCAAACUCAUCGUCGUGGGCCCACCGGA